UCAGGGUGUCAGGAUGGCUCUGGGUGCGGCCUGGGGAGCCGUGUCCACGGCGCUGCUGUUGGCCUGGGUUGCCCCCGGGCGCGGCCACUCACCUGUGCCCGGCCACUCAUCUGUCCCCGGCCACUCACCUGGGCGCAGCCACUCACCUGGGCGCAGCCACUCACCUGGGCCCGGCCACUCACCUGUGCCGGGCCACUCACCAGGGCGCAGCCACUCACCUGUCCCCGGCCACUCACCUGGGCCCGGCCACUCACCUGUGCCCUGCCCUCACCUGUGCACCUGCUACCUGCCCAGCGAGGUCCACUGCACCUUCCGCGCGCUCAGUGCUGUGCCCCGCGGCAUCGCCCCCGAAGUCCAGAGGAUCAACCUGGGGUUUAACAGUAUCCAGGCUUUAUCAGCAAGCUCCUUCUCGGGACUGAAAAAAUUAGAAUUACUGAUGCUUCAUGGGAACAAUAUAGCCAGCCUCCCGGACGGAGCUUUGCAAGAACUCACUGCAUUGCAGGUGCUGAAACUGAGCUACAACGGGCUCCGGGAGCUGACGGAGCAGGGCCUGCGGGGGCUGUGGGCGCUGGUCCGGUUGCACCUGGACCACAACCAGCUGGAGAGCCUGCACCCAAGGGCGCUGCGAGGGCUGACGGCGCUGCGUCUGCUCAACCUGGAGGGCAACCGGCUGCGGGCCCUGCACCCCGAGGCCCUGAGCACCCUGGGCCCCCCCCUGGUCCCCGCCCUGUCGGGCCUGAGGCACCUGCAGCUGGCCGAUAACCACCUGGCCACACUGCCCGCCCGGCUGCUGGCCACCCUGCCGCUGCUGGAGUCCCUGACGCUGCACGGGAACCCCUGGGCCUGCGGCUGCCGUCUCCACAGCCUGCUGAGCUGGGCGCCCAUGGGUGCAGGGGUCGUGAAAUGCAAGAAGGACAAAGGGACGGACGGCGGCCCCCAAUGCCCACGCUGCGCCAGCCCCCGGCCCCUCCGCCAUGUCCCCCUGUCCUCGCUGACCGCCGCCCGCUGCCGCCCCCCGGCCAUCCGGCCCCCGCCAGGCACCCGGGAUGCCCACGAUGACGACGACAGCGAGGAGGACCAGACAGAGGACUUCCCGGACCCCUCAGAUCUCCUGCCCGCCUGGAACGUGUCCCUCCGUCUGUCCGACGACCGGGACGGCUCCGUCCGUCUGUCCUGCCGCGUCCGGCACCCGGUGGCCCUCGACGGCGUCCGUCUGGACCCCGCGGACGGACAGCUGGACGUCCGGGCGUCCUGGGAGUUGGACUGCCCAGUGGUCGGCGCCGGGUACCCGGCCCUCUGGAAGCUGCUGGCCUAUUACACCGAGUCCCCGGCCGAGCUGGCGGCCGCCGGCGGCCCCGGGUCCGAGCCGGGCGACUACGCACAAAGCCAGGACGGCUCCACCGUCUACUUCACCGGCCUCCGGGCCCGGGUGGACACCCGGCCCGCCUGGCUGCGGACGCCCGUCCUGUCCCUGCGGCUGAACCGCAACCUCACGGCGGACGGCCGGGCCCGGCUGAUCCUCUCCGCCCGCCACACCGGCCCCCUGCCCGGCCCGGAUGCCCUCGUCGGCCGGCCGAGACCCUGGGUGAUGUUCCGGCCGGCCGCCACCUCCUCCUCCUCCGAGCAGUCCUCCAGGAUCGCCCUGGCGGGCAGACAACUCCAGCUGGCCUGCGGCGACCCCUGGGCGUCCCAGCGACCGGCCCUCCGGUGGGUGCUGCCGGACGGGUCCGAGGUGCGGGCGCCCGGGGAGGCCCAGGGGGGCCGGGUGACCGUGCUGCCUAGCGGUCGGCUCACCGUCCGGGAGACUGGGCCGGCAGACUCCGGGCCGUACCGCUGCGUGGCCCGGGUCCCGGAGGACGAGGACGCAGUCCUCUACAGGGUCCUCAUUUGGGGCGCCCAGCCCGGCGGGCACCAGCUGGGCGUCCAGGGGCACCCGGGGGACCCGGUGACUCUCCCCUGCGAGGCCCGGGCUGUGCCCGACCCCUGGGUGUACUGGAUCCUCCCCGGCCUCCGUGUGGUCCCCGCCGGGACGGACGGGAGUCUGUCCGUCCCCUCCUUGGCGGCCGCGGACGGCGGCCUCUACACCUGCGUGGCCUUGAACCCGCUGGGCGCCGACCACCGCACCACCCUGCUCACCGUCGCCCGCCGGGCCCCGGGUGCGAGGGCCCAGGAGGAGGAGCGGGAGGGGGGCUCGGGUGGCGGCGUCUGGCACCCCGAGGACCAGGGGGACGCCCGUCCCGGCCGCGAGAGGCAGAAGAUCCGGAAGGGUCCCCGCCAGGGGAGGCGAGGGUUCGAGUCCCGCCGCCGGGUGGACACGGCCCCCAAGCUCAUCCAGCCCGAGCGCUGGGCGGACAUCCUGGCCCGGGUCCGAGGGCGGAACAACCUGUCCCCCGAGGCCACGCGGGUCUCAGAGGCGUCGCCGAGUCCGCCGCCGGGACCCACCGCCACGUCCACGUCCACGGCGUUGGGGUUCGAGGCCUCCGGGGAGGGAGACGGGGUCCCCGGCAGCCACACGGCGCCCUCGGGUGGCCCGCGGAGGGACCCAGGGGCCGUGUCUGCGCCGGACAGAGACGUGAGCGAGAGACAUCGCCACUCGGUGGCCACGGCGGCCGGCGCGUGGCAGGAAGCGUCCACGGCAGCCCGGGUGUACCGGGUUCGAGAGGGAGACGCCGUGAGUCCUCAGGGGCACUUGGGAGCACCCACGGGCUACGGACAGACGGACGGAUCCGUGGGUCCCGACAUCUCAGAGGCCACGGAGCCACAGGCCACGGAGGCCACGGAAGAGGCCACAAAUUCUGAGCCCCCUGGGAACCCCGCCAUCGGGGCGUCCCUGGAUUCCCGGGUUCGAGAGGGAGACGCCGUGAGUCCUCAGGGGGACUUGGGAGCACCCAAGGGCCACGGACAGACGGACGGAUCCGUGGGUCCCGACAUCUCACAGGCCACGCGGCCACAGGCCACGGAGGCCACAAAUCCUGAGCCCCCUGGGAACCCUGCCAUCGGGGCGUCCCUGGAUUCCCGGGUUCGAGAGGGAGACGCCGUGAGUCCUCAGGGGGACUUGGGAGCACCCACGGGCCACGGACAGACGGACGGAUCCGUGGGUCCCGACAUCUCAGAGGCCACGGAUGGCGCCCACCCAACGUGGCUGCCCGCCACGCCGGUCUUCGCGCCUGAGUCCUCACGGCCCCCGGUCGCAGAUGUCCUCCACGUCCCCUCGAACCCGGACACCAGGCCGCCCGCCCGUAGCCACCCCACCACCCCGUGGACACCUGGGAGGAAUUCCGUGUCCACGUGGGAAGCCACGUUCUCAGAAGGACCCCAGACGUCACCCUUGGGUGGCCGCUGGCAGGACCCAGAGACGGUCUCUGCAUCUGUGUCUCACGGAGACACGGACGAGAGACGUCUCCGCACACCGGCCACGGAGACCACGAAAUCUGAGCCCCCCGCGGACCCCGCCAUCGGGGCGUCCCUGGAUUCCCGGGUUCGAGAGGGAGACGGUGUGAGUCCUCAGGGGGACUUGGGAGGAACACCCAGGGGCCACGGACAGACGGACGGAUCCGUGGGUCCCGACAUCUCAGAGUCCACGGAGCCACAGGCCACGGAGGCCACAAAUUCUGUGCCCCCCGGAGACCCCGCCAUCGGGGCGUCCCUGGAUUCCCGGGUUCGAGAGGGAGACGCUGUGAGUCCUCAGGGGGAGUCUGGAGCACCCAAGGGCCACGGAGAGAUGGGACGCGAAAGGGCUGAGCCAGAGGGAGACGGCGUGAGAUCGAGGGCUCCCGUGGGGUCCCCCUGGGCCGUGGCUGCCACCCAGGAAGUGACACCCACCCUGACGCCCUUCACGCAGGCGCCCUCCCGCCCCCCACCUCCUCGGAAGAGACCCAAAGGCAGAAAGAAGUCGCGGCCCCAUCACGGCCCCGCUCCCUCCAUCAACCCCGCGGGGCCCGUCUCGAGAGCCACGCUGAGAAGGAAACACCACCGCCGGAAGCCCUCUGGGAUUUCUCCCACCUCCACGCCCAGGGCCGGCCCCUCCCCGGAAAACCGCCGGAGCGACGUCUCUCCACCCAGUCCCACGGCCCCUUUUUCUACCGCCGUUCCCCUGAGCACCGUCCUCCCCGUCACCAUCCCCAGCCCCGAAGGGGAAUAUUAUACAGCCCCGAACAAGGAAGCGAAUCCAAUGUCUGUGGAAUUUGAAGAGAAAAUUCCGGUCACAGAUCCAACUCGGUUGGCCGGGAGGGAAGUGAAGGAUUCUGCUGUCGUCUCCAAAACCGACCGUUUGGCUCCCGAUGACCUGAAUGUGGGGGGAUGGACAGAGGGACCCGUUUCUUCAACCGUUUCCCAAACCCCGGGUUGGAAAACGCCAAGAGGAACCCAACCCAUCAGGUCCGAGACAGAGGUGUCCUGGUCCACUUCCUCCCUGGAAAAUCAACAAGAUGACGUCUUUACCCCCAGUUCCACGGCUGCUUCUCCUACUGCCGUCCCCCUGAGCACCGUCCUUGAUGGCACCGGGGGGGAAUAUUAUACAGCCCCGAACAAGGAAGCGAAUCCAAUGUCUGUGGAAUUUGAAGAGAAAAUUCCGGUCACAGAUCCAACUCGGUUGGCUGGGAGGGAAGUGAAGGAUUCUGCUGUUGUCUCCAAAACCGACCGUUUGGCUCCCGAUGACCUGAAUGUGAGGAGAUGGACAGAGGGACCCGUUUCUUCAACCGUUUCCCAAACCCCGGGUUGGAAAACGCCAAGUGGAACCCAACCCAUCAGGCCCGAGACAGAGGCGUCCUGGUUCACUUCCUCCCUGGAAAAUCAACAAAAUGACGUCUUUACCCCCAGUUCCGCGGCCACUUCUUCUAGUGCCGUCCCGCCGAGCACCGUCCUCGAUGGCACCGGAGGGGAAUAUUAUACAGCCCCGAACAAGGAGGCCGAUCGGAUUCCUGUGGAAUUUCAAGAGGAAAUUCCUGUCCCAGACCCAGCCCGGUCGGCCGGGAGGGAAGUGAACAGUUCUGCUGUCAUCUCGGAUUCCCACCGACCGGCCCCAGAAGCGGGGGAACCUUCUCCGUCCACGGUGGAGACGUCUACACCACCCCAACCGCGAGACGUCAUCCUCCCCACGACUGCCUCCCGGGUUCGAGAUGCGUCCUCUCCGAGUCUGCAAAUGGAAGUGACGCCCACGGAGGAGGGACCCGUGCUUUUGCCACUGUCACCGCCGGAUCUUUCAUUGAAUUCCGUGGAUCUCCCCGAUGACCGGCCGGAAUCUGUCCAAAACGUGCUGUCUGUCCGGAGACCCAAAGCUUUUCCCACCCUGUCUCCCCGGGGCGCCCCGGAAUCUGAAUUUUUGGACGACCGGGCCGGGAACAAUCUCCCUCAGGAUUCCGUGACAUUCCUCCCCGAGGUUCCGUGGGAAAGUCUGACCCACCAGAGCACGGCGUCUCCCGGCCCCCCGACGACCACGGGCCGAACCGGGGUCCCCCUCGGCCCGUCCCGGGUCCCUGGAGGUAACGAGAUUCCAAGGGCCCCAAGUUGGAGACUCCCGCAUGUCCCCGACGGGGGAUCUGUGGUGCCUGGCCGGCACCCACGGGUGGGGACGCCGAGGACAGUGACACCCACGUCGCCUGCCCAGGGGACAAGAGACACCAGGGUGAACCGCUGGGGUCCCUACAAGAGGGUCGACUCGCAGGGUGUCAUUCACGUCGACCUGGGGCCCCCGGCGCCUCCGUCUCGGGUCACCCAGUCGCCCCUUGGGCACCCCCGUCACGGCCGCCCCGGGCCUCCCGCCACCCAGAGUCCCAUCCCAUCAGUGACGCCCAGACGGACGGCCCCCGAGGUGCCACCACCCGCCCCCAGGUUCUGGCCGGUCGGGGAGAAACCUCAGAUCCUCACCAAGUUCCCGCCGACCGUCACCGUCAUGGCCGACACCGACGUCUCCCUCCCCUGCGAGGCCACCGGGAGGCCCCUGCCUUACGUCACCUGGACAAAGGUGUCCACAGGCACCCUCCUGACACCCAGCUCCACAGCCUCCCGCUUCCAGGUGCUCCGCUCUGGGACCCUGGCCCUCCGGGGGGUGCAGCCCCAGGACUCGGGCCGCUACGUCUGCAGUGCCCACAACCUGCACGGCACCGACCGCCGGGCCCUGACGCUGACCGUGGCCCAGCAGCCCCCUCGCAUCCUGGCGGGCCCCCUGGAGGAGGUGACCGUCUCCCUGGGGGACACCGUGUCCCUGGACUGCCGGGCCCAAGGCAUCCCGGCCCCGGACAUCUCCUGGAUCCUUCCCGACGGGACCACCUGGCGCCGGGCGUCCAUGAGGGACGGGCGGGUCACUCUGUACCAGAACCGGACGCUGACCAUCCGGCCGGCCGGCCCGACGGACGGCGGUGUGUACCGCUGCGUGGCCAGCAACGCGGCCGGGGUGGACAGCGUGUCCGUCCGCCUGCAGGUGUCCGCGUGGCCGCCUGCCAUCUUGCAGAAGAAGGCGGAGAACGUCUCGCUGCCCGCCGGCCUGAGCGUCUACGUCCACUGCUCGUCCCAGGCCGCCCCUCCGGCCACCCUGCGCUGGACGCUGCCCUGGGGCACCCACCUUCACCCUUCCCGGCUCCUGGAGGGUCCCCUCUGGGUCUUCCCCAACGGGACCCUCUUCAUCCGCCACCUGGACACCCACCACAGUGGGCGUUACGUUUGCCUGGUGGCCAACCCGCUGGGCACUGCCCACAGGACGGUGCACCUGUCCGUGCGUCCGGCCACCCAGACGGCCCCCGGCACCCAGGUGGUCCAUGGAGACACCCUGAGACUGGACUGCGGGCCCCCUGGGGACCCCCAAAAUCAGGGAGACCCCCGGGACCCCGUCGGCCAUGUUUUCUGGAGACUCCCCUCCCAACAGGUGGUGGACGCCCAGUACAGCCCGGACCCCCGCGCUCAGGUGCUGUGGAAUGGGACCCUGGUCCUUCGUGCGGUGACUGAGCAGGACGCUGGCGCCUACCUGUGCGGGCGGAGGGGCGGGCGGGCAGAGCGGCAGGUGCAGGUGGGCUCCCAGGUGAGUCCUCAGGUGAGAACCCAGGUGAAUCCACAGGCGCAGGCGGGCUCCCAGGUGAGUCCUCAGAUGGGCUCCCAGGUGAGAACCCAGGGGGGCUCCCAGGUGACUCCACAGGUGCAGGCGGGCUCCCAGGUGCAGGCGGGCUCCCAGGCGAGUCCUCAGGUGGACUCCCAGGUGCGCCCGGCCCCCGCCCGCAUCUUGCCCAGCGCCCCUCCGGCUCCCGUGCCCGCGGGGGCCACCCUGCAACUGGACUGCCUUUCCACGGGGGUCCCGCCACCCGCCAUCACCUGGACCCUCCCCGACGGCCGCCGGCUGGGCCCGUCCCCACCCGCCCGUCGGGACCCCGGCCGCCCGGAGAGCCUCCCCCAGGGCCCGGCGGUCCUCUCCAACGGCACGCUCCGCCUGCCGGCCCUGGGUCCCAGCCUGGCCGGCGAGUACACCUGCGAGGCGGACAACCCAGCCGGGCGGGACCGGAAGACUCAGCGCGUCCAGGUACUGGGCGCCCGGCCCGGCCCGGCCCGCGGACAGGUGCCGUCCAGGAUACAGGUGCCUUACGGGGACGCGGCCACCCUGCCCUGCGACGUCCAGGGCGCCCCGGCCUCCCAGGUGAGCUGGUUCUCGCCCACCCGCCGCCUCAUCCGGGAGGACUCAGACAAGUACCGCCUGCCGCCCGACGGCUCCCUGAGGAUCCUCCGGGCCCGGCUCUCCGACGGCGGCAACUACACCUGCCGGCCGGCCGGGUGGGCCGGAGACGCCCUCGGGACGGUGUGGCUGCAGGUGCUGGCUCUCCCGCCCAGCAUCAACGGGCACCCGCAGCCCGUCACGGCCGUGCGCCAGGCGGCCCGGGCGGGGAGCACCCAGCACCUGGAGUGCAGCGCCCGGGGCAUCCCGCGGCCCAGGGUGCUGUGGGUGCUGCCCGGGGGCGCGGUCCUGCCGGCGCCCUACCUGGGCGGCCGCCUCCAGGUGCAUGCCAACGGCACCCUGCACAUCAGGGGGGUGCGCGGGAGCGACGCGGGCCACCUGGCCUGCCUGGCCCGCAGCCCCGCCGGGGAGGCCCGCCUGCAGGUGCACCUGUCCGUACCUGAGCCCCCGCGGGAGCCGCCCCCCGAGGCCGUGACGGCCCGGGCGGGACACACCAUCUCCCUGGACUGCCCGGGGCCCGGCCCGCUGUGGGUGCUGCCCGACGGCACCCGGCUGCCCGCGGCGCGCAGGUCGCGACGCUUCUGGCACCAGGGCGGCGGGAGGCUGCACGUCAGCCACCUGCGGGCCGGGGACGCGGGCGUGUACAGGUGCGUGGUGGCCGGCCGGGGCGAGCGCAGGGUCGACCUCAGGGUGGACGAGGAGCCCCGGCUCCUGCCGGCCCUGAGCGUCCUGGCCGGGGACACGCUGCGCCUGGUGUGCGGGCUGCCGGGUGCGGUCGCAGGUGCGUCCGCGGGUGCGUCCCCGGGUGCGUCCCCGGGUGCGUUCCUAGGUGCGUCCCCAGGUGUGUCCUCAGGUGUGUCCGCAGGUGCGCCCCCAGGUGCGUCCCCGGGUGCGUCCGCGGGUGUGUCCGCAGGUGCGUCCCCGGGUGUGUCCGCAGGUGCGUCCCCGGGUGUGUCCGCAGGUGUGUCCGCAGGUGCGUCCCCAGGUGCGUCCCCAGGUGUGUUCUCAGGUGUGUUCUCAGGCGCGUCCCCAGGUGCCUCCCCAGGAGCCUCAAGACGUGUUCUGACGGCGGCCUCGACAGGUGCUCUGACAGGACCCUCAGCGGGCGCCUGGCCAGCUAUUCUGACAGGUGCCUCAGGUGUGUCGCCGGGGGCCUCCGCAGGUGUUUUGACAGGCGACUCAACAGGUGUCUUCAGAAGACCCUCUCCAGGCGCCUCAGGUGUGUCACCGGGGGCCUCCACAGGUGUUCUGACAGGUGACUCAACAGGUGUUUACAGAAGACCCUCACCAGGUGCCUCAGGUGUGUCACCGGGGGCCUCCACAGGUGUUCUGACAGGUGUUUUCAGAAGAGCCUCAAGAGCUGUUCUCACAGGAGCCUCAACAGAUGUCCUAACUGGGACCUCACCAGACGCCUCAGGUGUGUCACCAGGUGCCCCAGGUGUGUCACCAAGAGCCUCCACGGGUGUUCUGACACGUGACUCAACAGGUGUUCUGACCGGAACCUCACCAGGUGCCUCAGGUGUGUCACCAAGAGCCUCCACAGGUGUUCUGACAGGUGUUUUCAGAAGAGCCUCCACAGGUGUUCUGACAGGUGACUCAACAGGUGUUUACAGAAGACCCUCAAGAGCUGUUCUCGCAGGAGCCUCAACAGGUGUCCUAACUGGGACCUCACCAGGUGCCUCAGGUGUGUCACCAGGUGCCCCAGGUGUGUCACCAAGGGCCUCCACGGGUGUUCUGACACGUGACUCAACAGGUGUUCUGACCGGAACCUCACCAGGUGUGUCACCAGGCGCCUCAGGCGUAUCAUCAGGUGCCUCAGGUGUGUCACCAGGCGCCUCAGGCGUGUCACCAGGUGCCCCAGGUGUGUCACCAAGAGCCUCCACGGGUGUUCUGACACGUGACUCAACAGGUGUUCUGACCGGAACCUCACCAGGUGUGUCACCAGGCGCCUCAGGCGUGUCACCAGGUGCCCCAGGUGUGUCACCAAGAGCCUCCACGGGUGUUCUGACACGUGACUCAACAGGUGUUCUGACCGGAACCUCACCAGGUGCCUCAGGUGUGUCACCAAGAGCCUCCACAGGUGUUCUGACAGGUGUUUUCAGAAGAGCCUCCACAGGUGUUCUGACAGGUGACUCAACAGGUGUUUACAGAAGACCCUCAAGAGCUGUUCUCGCAGGAGCCUCAACAGGUGUCCUAACUGGGACCUCACCAGGUGCCUCAGGUGUGUCACCAGGUGCCCCAGGUGUGUCACCAAGGGCCUCCACGGGUGUUCUGACACGUGACUCAACAGGUGUUCUGACCGGAACCUCACCAGGUGUGUCACCAGGCGCCUCAGGCGUAUCAUCAGGUGCCUCAGGUGUGUCACCAGGCGCCUCAGGCGUGUCACCAGGUGCCCCAGGUGUGUCACCAAGAGCCUCCACGGGUGUUCUGACACGUGACUCAACAGGUGUUCUGACCGGAACCUCACCAGGUGUGUCACCAGGCGCCUCAGGCGUGUCACCAGGUGCCCCAGGUGUGUCACCAAGAGCCUCCACGGGUGUUCUGACACGUGACUCAACAGGUGUUCUGACCGGAACCUCACCAGGUGUAUCAUCAGGUUCCUCAGGUGUGUCACCAGGCGCCUCAGGUGUGUCACCAGGCGCCUCAGGUGUAUCGCCAGGUGCCCCCCCAGGUGCGUCCGGGGCCUCUCCAUCGGCGCCCAGGCCCCGCCGCCUCACCUGGACGCUCCCCGACGGCCGGACCCUGGAAGCCCCCGAGACGCGGGGCCGCCUGGCACUGCUGGAGGACGGCAGCCUGGUGGUGGGUGCGGCCACCGCGGGGGACGGGGGGACGUACGUCUGCAGGCUGGACACGGACACGGGCUCGUCCGCCGAGCGCCACCCGGUGGAGGUGCUGGCCCACGCCCCGCGCAUCGCCCCCCGGCCGCCCCCCGUGGUCUACGCCCGCCCGGGCGGCACCCUGACCCUCCCCUGCGCGCCCACGGGUGCCCCCGAGCCCAGGGUGACCUGGGAGCUGCCCGACGGGGCCAGGCUGGGACCCGGGAGCCGGGCGCUGGGGACCCGGGUGCUGCACGCAGGGGGCACCCUCAGCCUGGCGCCCGUCACCCCCCGCGACGCCGGCUUCUACAGGUGUGUGGCCCACAGCGUGCUGGGCGCAGACGUCGCCACCACCUACGUCCACGUGGACUGAGCACCCGGGUACUGAGUACCCUGCCUGGGUAGCCGGGCUACGUCCAGCGGGGAGGCCUGGGAGGUGCAGGGAUGGAUGGAUGGAUGGAUGGAUGGAUGGAUGGAUGGAUGGAUGGAUGGAUGGAUGGAUGAGUGGAUGGAUGCAUGGAUGGAUGGGUGGAUGAGUG